GCAGACAGCGGAGCGGACAGAGCUGCAGCUGCAUCGCCAGGGACACACUCUGCUCCGAGGUGUAAAUCCCCCGUCGCCAUGUCUGACUCUGAGGAAGUGGAUCAUGUUGUGGACGAUGAAGCCCAGGACGAGCUGGUAGAGGUAGAGGUGGCCCCGGAGGCUGAGGCCCAGGUAGAAGCAGAGCCAGAGGUAGAAGCUGAAGCAGAGCCAGAGGAGGAGGUGCAGGAGGAGGUGGCUCAGGAGGAAGAGGCCUAUGAAGAGGAAGUGGAGGAGGGAGAUCAAGAUGAGGAGAAGCCAAAGUUCAAACCGACUGCACCAAAGAUCCCAGAUGGUGAGAAAGUGGAUUUUGAUGACAUCCAGAAGAAACGUCAGAACAAAGACCUGAUCGAGCUGCAGGGGCUGAUCGACGCUCACUUUGAGUGCAGGAAGAGGGAGGAGGAGGAGCUCAUCGCCCUCAAAGAGAGAAUUGAGAAGCGCCGUGCGGAGCGAGCCGAGCAGCAGAGGAUUCGUGCUGAGCGGGAUAAAGAGCGGCAGGCCAGGCGUGAGGCCGAGAGGCAGAGGAAGGAGGAGGCCGACGCCAUGAGGAAGGCUGAAGACGAGGCCAAGAAGAAGUCGGCCCUGAGCAACAUGGGAUCCGGCUACAGCAGCCACCUGCAGAAGGCUGACCGGAGGAGAGGCAAGAAGCAGACCGAGAGAGAGAAGAAGAAGGAGAUCCUGGCACAGAGAUGCAAACCGCUCAACAUCGACAACCUGAGCGAGGAGAACCUGAGGGAAAAGGCAAAGGAGCUGUGGGAGUCACUGCACAACCUGGAGUCCAAAAAGUAUGACCACAACGAGACUCUUAAGAGGCAGAAAUACGAGGUCAUCUCUCUCAGAAACCGCAUCGACGAGCUGCAGAAACACAGCAAGAAAGGAGCCCACACACGCCGCAGGAAGUGAGCGGCAGGUGGCAGUGGCGGUGACGGUGGUGGCAGGUGGCGGCGGCGGUCAUGCUGGGCAGGUGGAGCCCCGCCCCCCGUCGAGCCAGUGAACUGACGCUGGACAGACACGGUCCAGCUUGUCUCCAGAUCAAUACAGUAUCAAUAAA